AAUGAAGGAAAUAAUUCUGAAUAAACCUCUCUCUCUCCCGCAGGAUUCGUUCUCCAAAGCCUUGCCAGUAGAGAUCGCUUUGAUGAUGCUCAUAAACAGAGGCCCUAGAGUUCCUCAAAUAAUACAGCUGCUGGACUGGUACGAGGCGCCGAAAGAAUACGUUCUUAUCUUAGAGCGGCCCAUGCCAUGCGAAGACAUGGACUCGUUUCUAAAGCGACACCAAGGCCGCGUCGAGGAACGUUCAGCACGAGUUGUGAUGCGGCAGGUUGUCGCCGCUGCAGUGAUAUGCUGCCGGAGGGGCGUCUUCCACAGGGACAUCAAGCUGGAAAACCUUCUCAUUAACAGAAACACCUUGCAGGUCAAAUUAAUAGACUUCGGCUGUGGUACACGCAUGAAGAGGACUGCCUAUUCAGCAUUCUGUGGAACAAAGAUCUACGCUCCCCCUGAGCGUAACUAUUACGCCGAGCCUACAACAGUGUACUCUUUAGGCGUUCUGUUGUACAGGAUGGUGUGCGGGAAGUUCCCCGACCGUGAGAUCCAGAAGAUCUUUGACAGGACCUGGUACACAGGAAAACUUUCUAAAGGUGAGAACAAGGCGGACAGAUCAUGCAGGAGCUUUUAGAAUUGCUUAAAACAACGCAAUCGGUUGUUACAGCAAGUACGACGCCCACCCUAAUCAUCCGACGUCUCUCUCUUCUUUCUGCACAGAAUGCAUCGAUCUGAUCUGUUCCUGCAUGGACGGAGAUCCAGACGAGAGGAUUGGUUUGGAAAAGAUCCUCCAACAUGACUGGUUCUAGGCACU